AUGCUGGCAUUGGCACUAUUUACAUCUCUUGCCGCCACUUUGGUCUCUGCAAUUGGCCAAACGAAGUGCGUGGCGACAGAAUCUUCUCCUUCGACAUUCGCGGUUGUCCAGCAGGGUCAGGCUUCUACCAUUCUCCUAUCUGCUGACGAAUGGCAAGGUGUUCAGCUCGCAGCGAGUGACUUGUCGUCCGACAUUGAAAAGGUCACCAGCGUCAGGCCCACUGUCGCCAAUUUCAGUGACCACUCGCCCGACCAUGCUAUCAUUGUCGGCACUUUGGGCAAGUCAACACUGAUCGAACAAGUCGUGAACACGACGGCAUUGAACGUAUCUGGCAUUGAAGGUCAAUGGGAGUCCUACAUGACGGCCAUUGUCGACAAACCUAUAUCUGGGGUGGAAAGCGCGUACGUGAUCGUAGGAUCUGAUAAACGAGGGACAAUAUACGGAUUGUACGAACACUCUGAACAAAUGGGGGUGUCGCCGUGGUAUUGGUGGGCAGAUAUACCUGUAGCGGGCCAUUCUGAGAUAUUCGUUACAUCAUGUUCUCAUGGACCGCCUUCCGUGAAAUAUCGAGGGAUAUUUCUGAAUGAUGAGCAACCAUGUCUGCAGAACUGGGCUAUGGAAAAGUUUACGAAUGGGACCGGCGCAGCGCUGACAGGGUCACCUUUCAACCAUUUGUUUUAUACUAAACUCUACGAGCUCCUGCUUCGUCUGAAGGCGAAUUAUCUUUGGCCAGGUUUUGCCUUUUCUGUCGACGAUCCUGAAAACCAACCGCUCGCGGAUGUCUAUGGAAUCGUGAUGGGCACUAGUCAUGAAGAACCAAUGGCGCGGUCUACGCCCGUCGAGUGGGAUCUAUUCGGCACCGGGGAUUGGAAUUACUCGACGAAUUCUGCAAAUAUCUAUCAGUUUUGGGUGGAGGGUGUCGAACGCGCCAAACCGUACGAGACCAUAUACACUAUUGGUAUGAGAGGUGCAGGCGAUCUUCCCUUGAGCGAGACCACCAAUAUCGCGCUACUAGAAGAGGUCGUCGCCGAUCAAAGACAAAUCUUGACCAAAGUUUUUGUUAAUGUGAGCGUAGAAACAAUCCCCCAGGUUUGGACCCUAUAUCAGGAAGUGGAAAGUUAUUAUGACGAUGGGAUGAGAGUUCCUGAUGAUGUUACUUUACUUUGGGCCGAUGACACGUGGGGAAACAUCCGUCGUUAUCCCGUCGAAAGCGAACGGAACCGUACUGGAGGUGCCGGUGUUUAUUACCAUGUACAGGUUGGGCCUCCGAGGGACUAUAAAUGGAUUACCACCACCCAGUUGUCCAAGGUGUACGAACAAAUGUCUAUAGCUGUGGAACGUGACGCAACUCGGAUCUGGAUGGUCAACGUUGGAGAUCUCAAGCCGUACGAGUUAUCGACUGAGUUUUUCUUGGCGUAUGGAUGGGACGCCUCCCUCUGGAACCCAGAUAACAUCGACACUUUUGUGUUGAGUUGGGCCCAGCGCGAAUUCGGAUUGUCCGUCUCUGACACCAAUCUGGUGCAAGACAUUAUUGCCAACUUGACGCGGUUCAAUGCGAGACGAAAGCCGGAGCUGUUAAACACGACCACCUACAGUCUUGUUAAUUAUCGAGAGGCAGAGACUGUCGUAGCGUCAUGGGAUACUCUGAUCGCGGCGGCAACUGGGAUAUACGAUCAAUUGCCUGAGGAAACGAAACCUGCAUUCUUCCAGUUGGUUUAUCAUCCAGUGGCUGCAAGCGCCAAUUUGGGUAAGAUGCUCAUCACAGCAGGAAUGAACAAUCUCCGUGCCUCCCAAGCAUUUCUGAGUACGAAUCAUUUCGCCGAUCACGUGCAGGGCUUCUUCGAUGUUGAUUAUGACCUCGAGGUGGAAUACCAUACACUGCUUGAUGGUAAAUGGGAUCACAUGAUGGAUCAGACGCAUGUCGGGUACUACUACUGGCAGCAGCCAAUGAUGAAUUCAAUGCCUGCGAUCACCCGGGUUCCGCCCAGUAAACAAGCCCUGGCAGGUGUAAUGAGGAUAGCACCUGAAGGGACCUUGGCCGCUUGGCCUGGCGACAACCCGAAUCAGUGUGCCCAAGGAUACAGCUGUCCUGAUCCAACCGUCAUCUUCGAUUCUUUCAAUACCUUCCACAAUCUAUACAUCGAUGUCGGCGCAGGCGGUCCAGACCCGUUCACGUUUAGUAUCUCCGUCAAUGCGUCCUGGAUCGUUCUCAAUGCGACCGACGGAGAGAUCUCGCCGGAGCAGCCCGAGCAACGUGUGUAUGUGUCGGUGUCCGAUUGGGAUGCCCUCGAUGCGGGAGAUUCGUACGCUACUAUCACGUUUACAGCGCAGGCGGACGGCCAACCUGAUCUCUCUGUACCGGUGAUGUUCGUCGCCCGUAAUACCGUGCCAAGCUUAGCGUCAGAUUUCAGUGGAUUUGUGGAAGGUGCCGGAGUGGUGUCGAUGGAAGCCGCGCAUGCUAUUCGAAACACGACGGUCGAUAGCGUGUACUGGAGAGAACUACCAGGCAUCGGACGUACGCUCUCUGGGAUGACGCCGUGGCCUCGAACGGGGCAUGACGGAGGGAACUUUAGUGCCGGUACAGGCCCGUCUCUGGAAUAUGAUUUCUUCACGUUCAGCGAAGCGAAUGACACGACGCCCGUUACUGUCUAUGUUUCCCCUUCGCUCAACGCGAAUGGUGCGGACCGGCCUCUCGGUGUGGCGAUAGCAUUGGAUGAUCAAAUCAUGUCGUCGUAUUUCAUACCGCCUGCUCCCCCUGGCGAACUUCCGGAUGCAUGGGGUGGUCUCGACGGGUUUGUCGCCAACUCUAUUGUCGCGAUACAAUUAUCAUUCGCCGGGAUCGAUCCUGGCGCCCACACCUUGAAGAUAUUCAUGAUUGAACCAGCCGUAGUUGUGCAGAAAAUUGUGGUUGACGUCGGUGGUCUGGAACCUAGCUAUUUGGGUCCUCCUGAAAGCAUUUUCGUGUAA